AUGAUUCUAUAUGAUGCUAUUUUCAUCUUGGAGCUCUUCGUGAGGAAACACAAGCAUGAGACUGAUUUUAUUUUAGAUAAACCAAUAAUGUACAGGGGCAUAUCUAUGGACAUUGCAUUACUGGAAAAUCAACUUCCAUACUUCGUCUUAGACGAAUUAUGUAAGUUAGCUUUCGAAAACCUUCAUGAUAAAUAUCCUUCCUUUGACCUUCUUUGUGAUGAGUUCUUCAGGAAGUUAUGGAUCAGGAGCAUACCUAGCAAGACAGUAAAAGUUCUCCAUUUCACGGAUUGGGUUAGAUAUGCAUUUCUACAAAACUACCCAUCAGAAGGCCAUCAGAAGGGAUCUAUUACAAAGAUACCUAAUGCCGUAAAGCUGUAUGGAUCAGGAGUCGAGUUUAAGCGUCGUGAUGUUGCAGACUGCUUACUUGACAUCAAACUUGCAGAGCAGAAGCAAAGAAUCCCGUGCUUCAAAGUGAAGGAGUUGAAAUUACCAUUUCUUCUGGUAGAUGACAACACGGAGCCUCUGCUCAGAAAUAUAAUGGCUUUAGAGCAGCUUCACUACUCAAACGAUCCGUGGAUUUGCAGUUAUGUUAAACUUCUGGAUUAUCUUAUUGAAACUGAAGAAGAUGUGGAUUUGCUUCAUGGAAAGGGGAUUAUUGAGAACCGUUUGGGCGAUAAUGCUUCUGUGGCAAAUAUAUUUAACAAAAUUUGCAACGAAAUUUCUUUGACAGAAUCUUCUUACUGCAGCAUCGCCAGGGACUUGAAAGCACACUAUAGAAAUCCUUGGAACCAUUCCAAGGCAAAGUUGAGUAGUGUGUAUUUCAACGACCUUUGGACAGGAAAAGAGGAAUGGAGAUAUUCCCAGCGACCAGAAUUGAAUUACACAGCAGACCAUGAAAGAGAAGCCUAUGUAACAGUUCUUCAUUCCUCAGAAGAUUACGUAUGUGGAGCAAUUGUGUUGGCACAAAGCAUAAUCCAAAGCAACUCCGCAACAGACCUUGUUCUUCUUCAUGAUAAAUCGUUUACUGACAAAUCUUUACAAGGGCUUCGAGCUGCCGGAUGGAAGACGAAGCGAAUUUCACGUAUUCGCAGCCCGUUUUCCAGAAAAGGCUCCUACAAUGAAUGGAACUACAGCAAGCUUCGCGUAUGGAAACUCAUUGAAUACGACAGAGUUAUUUUUAUCGAUGCUGAUCUUCUUGUCUUGAAGAAAAUCGAUAAGUUCUUCUAUUUUCCGCAGUUAUCAGCCGCAGGGAACGACCGUUCGUUUGUCAACUCGGGGAUCAUGGUGAUCAAGCCAUCUCUGUGCAUGUUUGAGAAGUUAAUGCUGAAGAGCUUCAAGGUGGCUUCCUAUAACGGAGGCGACCAAGGUUUUCUGAACGAAAUUUUUACAUGGUGGCAUAGAUUGCCCUCGAAGAUUAAUUAUCUCAAGGUGUUUAAGCUUGACAAGCAUGGCAACGAUGAACAUCAAAUCCCGGAAAAUCUUUACACGAUUCAUUAUUUGGGAUUGAAGCCAUGGCUGUGCUACAAGGAUUAUGAUUGUAAUUGGGAUAAGGUGGAUCACCAUAUUUUUGCGAGCGAUUCAGCUCACAAGAAAUGGUGGGAAGUUUACGAUGCCAUGCCCAAGAAGUUGAAGAAAUUUUGUGCACUAACAAAGCACGGGAAUUGGAGGAUUAAGAAGUGGAGAGGGAUAGCAAGAAAUGCAAGUUUGGUUGAUGGACACUGGAAGAUCAGAGUGAGAGAUCCUAGACAAUACCAUCUUGUUGAAUAAUUGAAACACCAUUAAUGAUUUCUAUACUAUGUUCAUUGUACUUUUUGAUAUUUUAGUUAGGGAUCAUACUUAAAAUUUUGAAAAAUUAUUUUUAGGGAA